GCGGAAGGCGGAGCCAGGGGAAGCGGCGCCUCAGCAGAGAGGCCUAGCGGACCCUGCAGAGGCCACCAGCCCCGCGGAUUCCGCCCCCCGCCGCCCCCACCCUAGGCGGUAGAAACACACCCGCAGCCCCGGCCGCAGUGCACAGCGCUGGGACCCGGCGUGGACCUGACCUCCCGGACCCAGCUGAGCGACUUGCCCGCGCUCCACGCCCAUGGCUGACGGACUCUUUCAGCGCAGAGCCUGGGGUCCCGAGCAGAUUCGCCGGGACCCCGACCCCGAGUCCGAAGGCCUGUUUGACAAGGCUCCCCCGGAAGAGCCCCCAGCCGCCCGCGCGGGCAGGAAGGCGGGUCGGCGCGCCGGCGGGAGGGCGCAGGGCGGCCGCGCCUGGCAGUCCCCGAAGGCCGCCGCGCGCCCCGCGCCCGAGGACGAGGAGCCUCCACUGGACCAGGGCUGCUACCUCGACCACUUUCCGCACCUCUCCAUGUUUAUCUACGUGGCCAUCGCCUUCUCCAUCACCUCCUGCAUCUUUACCUAUAUCCACUUACAGCUCGCCUGAGUGGCCAGGGCGGGACGGGGUGGGCGCAGGGCCAAGCGGGGAGGGAAAGGAAAAAAGGGCUCAGCAUUUUGUGUUUUGGAGAAGCGCUGCGCCCCCUUCGUCUAGCUUUCGAUGCUAGUUUCUUUCCUACUCUGUUGUCACUGCCUCUUUCAUUCUAUUAUCCCCUCUGUUGUUACUCUCUAACUGUCCACCAGUAGGAAGGUUCAAAGUAGUUGCCAGCGAUGAAAUAAGGGUGCUAUUUGUACCUGCAGUUGGAGGCGGGGGCACAGUCAGCCUCUAAUGUUUAGAAUUCCGUGGUGCGAUUGAAUCUGUUUUUAAUUAGGAUAAUGUCCCUAGAGCUUACCACUGUAUGACGUGGGAACGCGCCCAGGGACUCAUCAUUUUGUGUUUCGGGAGCGCAGAGCGCGCCCAACCUUCUGUUCUUUAAGGGGUAAGCCAGACCCGGGCCUGGAGCCUUCCAGAGAAGGCCAGGC